AUGACUUUCUCUGCUGCUGAGAAGGCUGCCAUUAUAUCCAUCUGGGACAACAUUUCUGGAAAUGUGAAGAUAAUAAUGUUAACUUUUGAUUCCAGGCUAUUUCUAAGCUUUCCUCAGACCAAGACCUACUUCAACCACUUGGAUUUGAGACAUGGAUCUACUGAUCUACGUAGACAUGGUGGCAAGGUCCUGGGUGCCCUUGGAGAGGCUGCAAAACAUCUGGACAACUUGGAGGAUGCCUUGGCCAAAAUUAGUGACCUACAUGCUUACAAUCUAAGAGUGGACCCAGGAAACUUUGAGCUUUUGUCUCACUGUAUCCUGGUUGUUCUGGCCUCUCACUUACCAAAUGACUUUGAUACCACGGCCCAUGCUGCUUGGGACAAGUUCAUCCAUACUGUCUCUGGUGUUCUGACCUCUAAAUACAGAUAA